CGUCUCCCCCAAAAUUUUCAUUUUCCCCCUCUCCCUUCCCUCCAUUCUCUCUCUCUGUCUAAGCUUUCUCUCUCUAAACUUUCUCUCUCAUCAGCAAAGCCAUUUCUGUGUCUCAUGAUGGAUGGAGCUCAGCAGUACAAUCCUCGAACUGUUGAAGAAGUGUUUAGAGAUUUUAAGGGUCGAAGAGCUGCACUUGUCAAAGCCCUUACUACUGAUGUUGAAGAGUUUUAUCAACAAUGUGACCCAGAGAAAGAGAACCUCUGCCUUUAUGGAUUUCCCAGUGAAAGUUGGGAAGUCAAUUUACCAGCUGAAGAAGUGCCCCCAGAGCUUCCUGAGCCUGCUUUGGGCAUAAACUUCGCCCGAGAUGGCAUGCAAGAGAAGGACUGGCUCUCCUUGGUUGCUGUGCAUAGUGAUGCAUGGUUACUUUCUGUUGCCUUUUAUUUUGGUGCUAGAUUUGGGUUUGAUAGAGCUGAUAGGAGAAGGUUGUUCAAUAUGAUAAAUGAUCUCCCUACAAUUUUCGAGGUUGUGUCUGGGACAGCCAAGAAACAAUCAAAAGACAAGUCAUCAAUGUCAAAUCACAGCAGCACCAAGUCUAAGUCAAACUCAAAGGUGGUACAACGUGGUUCUGAAUCUCAGAUCAAGUAUUCAAGACCACAACCAAAAGAUGACGAUGAAGAUGGUUUGGAUGAAGAUGAUGAGCAAGGAGAAACACUAUGUGGUGCUUGUGGUGAAAACUAUGCAUCUGAUGAAUUCUGGAUCUGCUGUGACAUAUGUGAGGUAUGGUUCCAUGGGAAGUGUGUUAAAAUCACUCCUGCCAGGGCUGAGCAUAUCAAGCAGUACAAGUGCCCAUCUUGCACCAGCAGCAAGAGAACACGCCCUUGAUUGCACCUGCGUUAUUGAGGUUUAUCCUUUGUGAAGUCAUGAAAACUGUUAAGAUCUUUUCGCGGUAUGAGAAGUGGAUUUCUUAUGGGAAGCUCUUCGAUGCCAUAUGUUCUAUUCAACAUUACAAUUAUCUAUUAUCUAGUUGCAAGAAUGUUGUUGUCUAGCGUCUUUUUCUAGUAUGUCGUGCUGUGAAUGAUGUAGGUUGCCUCUCUAAAUUAGUCGUUGUGUAGGUUGAAGUUAUUGUGUCAUGACUGUUCAAAUCUCAAGUAGUUGUCUCUGCACUGUUGAGGGAAGCCAUUUUUCUCAGUUAUGUGAUGUUAAGAAGAUGCUGUUCUUCCCCAAAUUUGUUUUGUCAAUCUUUUGUUUCCUGUGG